AUGGAAAGAGUACGCUGGCUAGAUGGCAUACGCGCCAUCGCGGCCAUCUCAGUCUCUUUUAAUCACUACAUCAUGGGCGAGUUCGCCACGCCAUACAACUCAUUUUGGGCGGCUCCAGCAUCGGACAACCGUUGGUUCUUUCAGCUACCAGUUUUGCGAUUUCCCUUCGCUGUCCACUCGAUGGUGCCGCUUUUCCUCAUCAUCGGAGGGUAUGGAAUAUCACUAAGCAUCGUUCAAUCUUGCCGUGGAGAGUCGGCAUUCUCUCGCUACUUCCAACUUGCGUUGUUGAGGAGGUGGUUGAGGCUCUAUCUUCCUGUCGUUCCCAUCACCAUUCUGGCGCAUAUUGCCUACUUCAUCGGGAUUACAACUCGACCCUUCCCGGCACAUGUAACGAAAGGCCUACAGCCAUGGACGGCACCACUGCAACACUUCAAGUACUUCAUAGAGUACCUGGUUGACAUCGUAGAGCCCGUCAGCAUGGCAUGGCACGAGAACUUCAACAACCAGACGUGGACCAUCCCCGUCAUCUUCCGUGGUUCUUGUGUUCUUUACCUCACCCUUCUCGGAAGCUCUCUAUGGAAUACUUCAUACAGGCUCACCGGCAUGAUCGCCUUGGCUUUCUACUUCACAUACCAAGGGAACUGGGAUCUCUUUUGCUUCCUCGGUGGAGCUUGGCUGGCGGAAGUCGUAACGCUACUCAAAACGGACUACGAAUGGUGUAUCGGAUCGCCAAAGCUCUUUUCUCGACGACCUACAUCCAGCAGAGUCAGACUCGUUGGCCUUGCGAAGACUCUAGUUCUCUUCGCCGGGCUGUGGCUCAUGUGUUUUGAGGGCAACGAAAGCACUGGAGAAGCCCAUGUCGGAUAUCAAUGGCUGGCGUCUAUCCGUUCAAGGCGAUGGGCCGCAUCCAAGCCCAACGAGUUCUCCGUCAUUCGGUCCUGUUGGCAGUCCCUGGGAGGACUGAUGGUCACCUCAGUUGUCGCCACUUCACCGUGCGUCGCGAGGCCUCUCGAAACCCCUGUACUGCAGUAUCUGGGGAAGAUCUCCUUCUCGUGGUACCUCGUACACCAACUCCCCCCGAUCAUCCUGAAAGGUCCAUUGAGGGACUUCUUCUGGACGUUACUUCGACCGCAGGAGUCACCUCAUCCGGUUAUGGAUGAUGCUUUGAAGCACCCUUGGACGCUUUUUGUCGUUUGGAUGGCAACAGCAGGGAUCAUCUUCUCCCUGACAUGGUUGUUUGCUCAUUUCUACUAUCAACAAGUUGAGGAGAAGAGUGGUCCGUUAUCGAAAUGGAUUGAGGCGUGGUUCAAUGCACCUAAGGACCGGGAUCUUGAGAGCAAGCCACACCUGCCUGUCGGUCACAUGAAUAAGAAAUUUGAGAAGCCAUAG